AUGAAGAUCACCUCCAUGGCCGCCACCGCGCUGGCCAGCGCCUCCCUAUCAUCGGCAGCCAUCUCGCUGCCAAACGGAUGGUUCUCAAUCGCCCCCCAGGAGAAGAUUAAGCCCGGAAAGCUGGAUGGCGAGCCUCGCUAUCUGACAUGGAUGGCAGACUCCCAGAUCAAGCACGGUGUCGAGCCUACCCACGCUUACACCAUCUCAGCAUUUUACUCGGGUGUCUUGCGGGCAUUUGAGCGGACCGGCGACCAGAAAUACUACGAUUACGUCAAACACGCCACGGAGAUACUCCUUUACCCGGCGCAGAAUGGAGAGAUUCUGCUGUACAAUAACAGUAACUCAAUCGAUGACAUUCGCUUUGGCCACACCUUUUUGGACAUCUACAACGCAACAGGUGACGAGAUCUACAAGACGGCCGCUCAAACCCUGCGCAACCAGAUUGACCGCACAGGUCGUACGCCCGACGGUGGCUUUUACCACCGCUACCCCGUUUACAUUGACCAAAUGUGGCUGGAUGGCAUCUACAUGCUCGACGUCUUCUACGCCCGCUGGACCCGCGAGUUUGAGCCCGACAACUCCACUGCUUGGGACGAUAUCGCACUCCAGUUCGACCUCAUCGACGCCGGAACUACCGUCGACCGCAACCGCACCAACGGCCUUCCGCUGCACGGCUUCGACUGGAGCAAGACGGCAAUCUGGGCCGACCCGGAGACAGGCGCCUCUCCGCACGUGUGGGGCCGUGCUGUGGGCUGGUACAUUAUGGCUCUUGUCGACGUUAUCGAGCUCUUCCCAGAGAAUCAUCCCGGCCGCGAGCGUUUGAUCAAGUAUCUCCAGUCCGUCUCCGAUGCCGUCGUCGCUGCUCAGGACAAGAAAACUAAGGGCUGGUGGCUGGUCAUGACCCCUGGCACCGAGGGACAGUGGGGUAACUACAUUGAGAGUUCUGGCUCCGCCAUGUUCGUGUACAGUUUGCUGAAGAGUGUUCGCCUUGGCUAUAUCAAAGGAGACCAGUACCUCAAGACUGCACUUAGCGGAUACAAGCUGAUGACGGACAAUUUCGUCGACACACGCAAGAGCGACAAUGCUCUCGUCUGGGGUUGGACUGUGCAGACUGGCAGCUUGAGCUCCAACGGCACUUUCGAGUACUACGCCAGCAUGCCUCUCUUUGAGAACGACUUGAAGGGUGUUGCUCCAUUUCUGUUCUCUAGCUACGAGUAUGAGUUGUACUUGGAAGGCAACAAGUAG